AUGUUCGGGAUGCCUUCCCACCUUUCCUCUGAAGUCAUGCAUAACCAAAGUGCUGUGACAGAGUUUGUGCUCCUGGGGCUCUCACAGAAUCCAAGAGUUCAGAAAAUAGCAUUUCUUGUAUUUCUGUUGGUCUACAUUGCAACUAUGGGGGGCAACAUGCUAGUCAUAGUGACCAUCGUCUGCACCCCUACUCUGCUGGGCUGCCCCAUGUACUUCUUUUUGGUAUUCUUGUCUUCCCUGGAUGCAUGCUUCUCCUCAGUUAUCACCCCAAAGGCAAUUGCAGACACUCUCCACGAGAGGAACACCAUCUCCUAUGAAGGCUGCCUGAUACAGGUCUUUGGUGUACACUUCCUUGCUGGUGCAGAGGUGAUUGUGCUCACAGCCAUGGCCUAUGACCGCUAUGUGGCCAUCUGCAAGCCCUUGCACUACCCUUCCAUCAUGAACUGGAGGCUCUGUGGCAUUCUGAUGGGCAUCGCCCUGACAGGAGGCUUCCUGCAUUCCAUGAUUCAAAUUUCCUUUACUUUCCACCUGUCGUUCUGUGGCUCCAGGGUCAUAGAUCACAUCAUGUGUGACCUGUACCCGCUCCUGAAGCUUGCUUGUAAUGACACUCACAUCUUGCAUCUUUUGGUGUUUGCCAACAGUGGGUCUUUCUGCAUCCUCAUCUUCUCUAUGUUGCUUGUAUCCUAUGGUGUCAUCUUGUUCUCCCUGAGAAACCACAGUUCUGAAGGGCGUAAGAAGGCGCUGUCCACCUGUGGCUCUCACGUUGCUGUUGUGGUUUUAUUUUUUGUCCCGUGCAUUUUUAUGUAUGCACGGCCUCCAUCUGCUUACUUCUUUGAUAAAUUUGUGGCCAUAUUUUGCACCACGUUAACUCCCUUGCUCAAUCCUAUGAUUUAUACUUUCCGGAAUAAGGACAUGAAGAGUGCCAGGAGAAAACUGUGCAAGAGAUUGGUGGUGCUGUCUGAUGAAAAAUAA